CGUGGAGUGCCCAUGUGUUUUUAGCUUCGACCAAUGGUGAAAAAACAUGAAUUUCUGACCUUCAGGACCAAUAACAUCUGGCUUGAAUAUGGAGCCCUUAUCGGCAGAAGUGACAUGCAACGGGAGGAAGAGAAAGAGGAUCUCUCCUGCAGCACAUGAGGAGGUCAAGAGAUUAAAAACAGAGGAAGGAGAGGAGACUCUGGAGUCUGAACGCUCCUCUCGCUCACCGAGGAUCUCUGUGCUGCCCGACCGCCUUCAACAACCAAUAACAGCGAAUGAUCUGACAGAGCUGCUGCAUUACGCCGCUCUGGGGAAAACAGCUGGCGUUGAACAGCCCAGUUGGUGCCGCCUCCACCAUCAGAAGAAGGUUAAAGCUGUGAAUGUGGUGAUGAUAGAGGGGCUGAGCCAGAGUCACUUUUACAAACACUACCUCACCCUGCAGCACCUCAGGACCAACUACAGCACUAGAGUCACGUUUACUCCAUCCUCCACCAACCUGGCCUCAGGAAUCUUCAGCAGUGAAGUUCCUGAAUCAGACGAUCCCUCUGUUUCCCAAAGACACAAUGGAAGCAGUGAUUUACCAAAAGGCCUGAAGAUUCACCCAGUAAUCACCAAGUUUGGGACCAAGCGGAGAGGACUGACAGCGUAUGUUCUCCCCGAGGACGAGAUGGUCAAGAAACGCUGGCCUGUCAAAGGAAUGCCAGACUUCCAGGACUUUGUGUGCACAGACAGUGUUGACUGUGUGACUGACAGCAGCCCUCUGUAUGGACUCGACUGUGAAAUGUGUCUGACAGAGAAGGGUAAUGAGUUGACUCGUGUCUCUAUGGUGGACAGUGAUGGGAAGUGUGUGCUGGAUGAGCUGGUGAAACCUCCCAACAGAAUCCUCAACUACGUCACAAGGUUCUCUGGUAUAACUGCAGCGAUGUUGCGACCAAUCACAACGACCCUCCGGAAUGUUCAGACGAGGCUCAAGAAGCUGUUGCCUAGCGACGCAGUCCUGGUGGGACACUCACUAAACAACGACCUCGUCGCUCUGAAACUGAUCCACCCUCAUGUGAUCGACACCUCGCUGCUGUACAGGAGAGAGUUCGGACAGAGGUUCAAACUGAAGGUCAUCACAGAGUCAGUGCUGAAUCGGCAGAUACAGACUGAAGAGAAGACGGGUCAUAAUCCCAUCGAGGAUGCUUUGGCAGCCCUGGAGCUGGCUCAGUACUUCAUAAAGAAAGGACCGCGACAGGUAGUAGAGCUUCAUAUACAGGAGCUGUGGGGAUAUAGGAUAAUAGAGGAGCCUGAAGACUUGGCACCUGCUGAACCUGCACCCCCACAGAGCCACAGGUAA